CACAACUUUGUCAGUAUCGACACCAUCAUAAAUCCGAUCAUCAAACAAGUGGAAAAUUUCAAAAUGCCUUCCUUGAUUAUCACUUAUUACCAUCAAACUUUCAUCGUAUUAAAGCCAUAGACUUACUUUAAUCAAUCGACCAUCUCACAGUGUACAGUCAACCUGGCUAAACGUCGUUGUUUGUUUGAGUUUAUGGAAAACGCUAAACUAAACAGUCUAGCUGCGGCAGCGGCUCAAGCUAAUACUGAUAGAUUAGCUGCAUCAGUCGUGCGAUCAUUGAGUCCAGGUUCGUUAAACCCAAGUACAUCGAGUUCACAAACAGGAUCACCUAAUUUUAAUCACAAAAUAUCAGGCAUACCCUGUGUCGCCGCCGCUUCUAGAUAUACAGCUCCAGUUCAUAUUGAUGUAGGUGGAACGAUAUAUACUUCAUCCCUUGAAACUUUAACCAAGUAUCCAGAGUCGAGAUUAGCGCGAAUGUUUAACGGCUCCAUUCCCAUUGUACUGGACAGUUUGAAACAACAUUAUUUCAUUGAUCGAGAUGGAGAAAUGUUUCGUCAUAUACUUAACUUUUUGAGAACCUCAGCAGCACCAGUCAAUGAAGACUAUCCAGAACUUGAUCUGCUGUACGAGGAAGCUAAAUUUUAUGCCAUUUCACAAUUAAUUAGACUGUUGGAAGAACUGCGAAAACAAAGAUUUGAGAAAGCACUCAGAUCACUAACAUGUCCUGUAACCUGUUCACGGAUAGCUCAGAGUUCAUCUGCAAAUAUUAACAAGAACGGUAAAUUGUCUCGAACCCAGAACACCUCCAAUACAACCUUAGUCUAUCUUAAUGAUUCGGAUGAUGCUCAUCAUCUUCUUCAUCGUCAUCUUCUUGUUUACUCAGCCUUAUCCUGUUGUUCCCCUGGCCAUCCUGGUAUAAUUACGCCUGCUUGUGGUGGUCGACGAGCCUCCAAUUCUUCAACUUCAAUCACCACAAUUCCUCCAAUAACUAGUAUCAAUGUUAAUAAUAACAGCUCUGCUUCCGCCAAAAAUGCAGUCAACAUCGGUUCAACAAAUACUACUGCCUCUGCCAAUGUGACCCAGACUCUUAUGACCAAUUCAACUAACACUAUGAGUCCAACAUCUUCAUCUUUUUCGGAUCCCAUUGAGUCUGAUUUUCAAUGUAUAUCUUUAAAUGUUAGACUUGAAUGUGAACUGAUUAUGAUUAGUGGACGUCGUACAAUUGUGGAGGAAAUUUUUCCAGAAAUUAUCGCAUCUCUCAUGGAUAGCAGGACGAAUGUCACAUGGAUUCAGGAUUCAAAGUACAUCAUUAGGUUUCCAUUGAAUGGCUAUUGCAAACUGAAUUCACUGCAAACUAUUUCAAGAUUAUUAAAUUAUGGAUUUCGCAUAAUUGCAUCUACUGGUGGUGGUAGUGAGGGUCAACAAUACAAUGAAUAUCUAUUUGCUCGUAAUCGAAUGAAUCAUGAAUGUGACUAAUAAUUCAUUUAAUAUUUAAAAACGAACCAAGUUGACAAAAAAUCGUUAUCAACCUAAAAUUAAAGUACAAAAUUUCGACGAGGAAGUCGAAGAAGAAGAUGGCCAUUGAAUGUCGAUUUCAAUAAAAAUUAUUUCCACUGAGCAAAGGUUAUUAGCGUUGGUAAUAUACGUGAUCGCAAUCGCCAUAAGUAAUGUAGUGAUAUACAUGUAAAUGGUCUGAAGCAAGUGGUCUGAAUUUCUCAUGCAGUCCUUCAAAUCGGACUAUUGAAACAUUCAUUGAGAAUUCAAUCGAAUGCUCAAUGAUUCUAUGAAUAGAUUGUUUACGAAAGUAUUUGAUCAUGUUUUUAAUUAUAUUUACAAGUAAUUAUUAAUAAAUUACCAUGUAAAUAAAUCUAAACAAGCCAAACCUUCUAUAAUUAAAUUGACUUUGCCAAAUUGAA